AUGAUCAUUCCCGUCCGGUGCUUUAGCUGCGGCAAGGUCGUCGGCGACAAGUGGGAUGCGUACCUCGCCCUCCUUAUUGAGGGCCGCACGGAAGGCGAGGCGCUCACGGAGCUGGGGCUGCAGCGCUACUGCUGCCGUCGCAUGGUCCUGACGCACGUCGAUCUCAUCGAGCGCUUGCUGCACUACAACAUUCAUGAGCGCAAGUCGAAUCCGUUCCCUGCCGCGGGUGCGAGCAAGACCGCGCGCGAUGCACGCUGCAUCGACGGCCGCACCGCGGCCACGUCCGCAGCGCCGACCUCCCUGCCGGAUGUCACGACAUUGUCGCCUGUCUAG